CCGCCUGUGGGUGGGCACGCGCCCGCCGCGCGGUGACAGAGGUCCCACGAGUGUACCGCGGGCCGGCGUGGUGAGCGGAGCUCGCGGACGGCGCGGAGCAGUUGCAAGGGGGCUGUGAGCUCAGUCAGACCGGCACCUCUAACAGUGAGGGACAGAUUCAGCACGGAGGCACUAUCGGCAUACAUCAACAGGCGGAGCAGCAGCACUCGUACCUGCAGGGUCGGAAGACAACGAGACAAAUGGAAUGGCUCAAAAUAACAACCCAAUUAUAGGCUUCUGAAUACAGAUAUAAUGAGAUAACUCAACACUACUGUCUGUUUCCUUAGCAAACUGAGGCUUCUACAUAUUGAAUUGAGUGGCGAAAUCUUCAUAUAGCUUUCAAAUCCACACAAAGUGAUAUCCGGUUGCACUGCAUCAAGUUGAUGAACAUUCAAAAGUGAUUACGGAGCGUUGCGUAGUACCUAUUGUGGCACAUCCUGAGCGCGCGUGACCCGAGUUCGGGCGGCACGUUUCCGGAUUACAGCACACCCGAUCAGACGGCCCGGCGCGAUGUGUCGGGUGCUGGCGGCGGCCGUGGCGCUGCUGCAGCUCGUUCCGGCGGCUCUGGCGGCCUUCACACUCUCCGUGAGUCCAUCCUCGCUGCAGCAGGUGCCCAGCCACACCACCAGCGUGCUCAACUUCACCCUGGGCUGGGAGGCUGGUGAGGGCGAGCCGGCUGAGCCGCCGCUGGAUGCCGGAGACCUGGUGGCCGUCUCCCUGGUGCCCGAGGUCGAGUGGCGCACACGGAUGGUGCCCGACUCGUGGACACUCAGCCCGCAGGAUGUGCGCGCCGGCCGCACCCAGUCGGUGGAGGUCACCGGGCAGUACCUGGGACACGACUCCAUCACUCCGCGGGCCUGGAUCAUCGCGGCCAACCAGUCGACCAGCGCCAUAUGGCUCGACAUGCUCUCCAACAGCUCCACCGUGCACGUCAGCUUCGUCCGCGAGGACAGCGCCAAAGACUACGCCUUCUACGGCAUCCUGAUGGUGAUGACGCUCGGCAGCAACCUCAACAUGGGCAUGCAGCUCGAGUUCGAGGCCAUCAAGCAGUCGCUACUGAAGCCGGUCGGCCCGCUCACCGGCUUCCUGGCGCAGUUCCUUAUCAUGCCGCUGAGCUCCUACGCGGUGGCGACGCUGGGUUUCGAGCGCUACCCGCUCUACCAGCUGGGGUUGUUCACGCUGGGCACCUGUCCGGGCGGCGGCAACAGCAACCUGUGGGCGCUGCUGCUCGGCGCCGACGUCAACCUCAGCGUCACCAUGACGUUCGUCUCCACGCUGGCCGCCAUCGGUAUGAUGCCGCUGUGGAUGUUCACGCUGGGCCGUAAGAUCGCCUCCUCGGGCCACGACAUCCAGGUGCCGUACCAGGGCAUCGUGUCCUCCCUGCUCGUGCUGACGGCGCCCUCCGUCAUCGGCAUGGUGCUGCGCUGGUGGAAGCCGCACUGGAAAGAGUACUCGGACCGCUCCAUCCGGCCCAUGGUCGGCGUCCUGCUGGCCAUCUUCUGCACGGUGGGCAUCUGGCUGAACCUGGAACAGUUCUCGCUGCUCUCCCUCAACCAGUUCCUCAUGGGCAGCGCUGUCGUCCUGCUGGGCUUCUCGCUGGGCGGAGGACUGGCGCUGCUCUUCAGACGACCCGUCGCGCAGGUGGUCACUAUCAGUCUGGAGACGGGUCUGCAGAACGGCGGCCUGGCGCUCCUGCUGCUGAAGGCCUCGCUGCCGGCGCCGGACGGAGACGUCGCCACGCUGGCCGUCUACGCGCAGGUCAUCGCGCAGGGUCUGAUGCUGUGGCCCUGCCUGGCGGCGGUGAUAUACAUGCGCUGCCGCCGCCGCCGCGCCGGACAGAAGGGGGAGGAGGAGGAGGGGAAGGGAGGGGCAGCGAUGGAGGUGGCGGCAGUGGUGGGAGGGGGACGCGACGGCCCCGCGGGGGGAGAGGGGGAGAGGAGAGCCCCGGAGUACAGAGGGGAGGAUAAUCCGGCGGUCUCUGUGGAUGACGAGGUGUCUGAAGAGAAGAAGAAAACGGUAACUGAAAACGGACGAGAAGCGGAGACCAAGGCAUGACAUGACACCACUGAGCUCCGUAAGAACUACAGCCAAACAUUCACAGUAGGGGACACGGGACAACGGAGUGAUGUUCCGCUUCUCAGCAAGGAAUCUCUAAGAAGAUCUGAACCCGUUCGACCAGCAUGCGAACGUGACUAACGUUCGCAUGCUAAGUCUUAACGUUGCGAACUAAGUCUUACGUUUCCGAUCAUUCCAAGACAGACGCUUAAGAUCGUAGAAGUUCUGCUUUUUUAUAUUGGCUGACCAAUGGUGAGGGAUUCAAUGAUUGGACGAUUCGAGGCUAGUGUUUCUACAAGAGAUUUACACACGCUUUAUCUACUUCAUAUCGUGUACGUACAUACUUGAGUGCCUUAUAACCCAUGCAACGCACGUAGCUAGAAACAUAGUGGUAUCAGCUCGUACCAAGUGCGAAAUGGACACGGUCGUUUUACUGAAUCGCCGCGUAAUGAAUGCAGUGUGUGAUAUAGGUCUCUCGCAAGCUUUCGACAUGCCUUAAGCUAUUUCUUCGCCACAUAUGUUGAACAGAUUUGAGAAAUAACCAUUCUUGUGAAAACCUCAGGUUGUUUUUAUAAACAGUGCAAAGUGUGUUACCCCGCCUGACCAGCGUUAGAAUGAAAUACAUGCUGUU